AUGUGGUGGUUUCACCGUGGAUCCACGGUGGUUCCACGGUGGUUGCAAGACCGCGAGGGCGAACGUAAAGUUGAUGUUAAUGCAAUAUGUAAAUGUCCAGUGUCUAAAUAUUCAGAUUGCACGCCGCUGCAUCUUGCAGUAAGCACAGAAAAUUUGGAAAUCAUAAAUUUAUUACUGAAACAUAAAGCGGAUGUUAAUAUUAGCACUGAAAAGUUAGGAUCAUCUAUCGGAAUAGCUGUGGAUCAGAAUAAUUAUGAGUUGUACGAGUUGUUAUUAAAAGCUGGUGCAGAUAUUAAUGAACCUUCGAAUAUGACACUGUUACAUAGAGCUGUUGGUGCAAACUAUUAUCGUAUAGCUAAUGAUUUAAUUGAACGCGGUGUAGAUGUUAAUGCAAUAUGUAAAUGUCCAGUGUCUAAAUAUUCAGAUUGCACGCCGCUGCAUCUUGCAGUAAGCACAGAAAAUUUGGAAAUCAUAAAUUUAUUACUGAAACAUAAAGCGGAUGUUAAUAUUAGCACUGAAAAAUUAGGAUCAGUCAUCGGAAUAGCUGUAGAUCGGAAUAAUUAUGAGUUGAGCGAGUUGUUAUUGAGAGCUGGUGCAGAUAUUAAUGAACCUUCGAAUAUGACACUGUUACAUAGAGCUGUCGGUGCAAACAAUUAUCGUAUAGCUAAUGAUUUAAUUGAACGCGGUGCAGAUGUGAAUGCGAUUAAUGGAUCUGGAACUUCACAGUACUGCGGUUGGUCACCAUUACGAAUUUCAAUUAUGAAUGAGAAUGAAAAAAUCGCAACAUUACUUCUUGAAAAACAGGCAAAAGUUGAUGAUGAAGAAUUUGAUGAAACUCCACUUGGUAUCGCUUGCGAGUGCGGUAAUUUUGAAUUAGUCAAGAUACUUGUCAACGCAGGCGCUGACAUUAAUAAAAUUUCUAACAAAGCGAUGCCAUUGUACUGGGCUGUUGAUAAACAAAAUUAUCAAAUUGUUAAAUAUUUAAUUGACCUGAAAGCUGAUGUUAACAUUAUUCAUCAAGGCACAACUUUACUUCAACACGUAGUAGAAAGUGGUAAUAUAAAAAUGGUUGAGCUUUUCCUUGAAAAUGGUGCCGAAGUAAAUGCAAUUAAUGAGGAGGGUGAAACAGCUCUUAUCGUAGCUGUUGAAAUAGAUGAUCUCGAGCUGGUUAAAAUUCUAAUCAAUGCCGGAGCUCAGGUGAAUUUAAGUAAUGACAAAACUUAUUCACCAUUACACUGGGCCGUUGAGCGUAGCAACUAUAGUACGACUCAAUAUUUAAUCGAACAAGGAGCUAAAAUUAAUAGUAUUCGCUUAAAUAGCACGCCACUGACUAUUGCUUGUGACAAUGGAAGAAAAGAUAUCGUUGAGCUUUUGAUUAAAAGUGGAGCUAUCAUUGAAGAUAAAAGAUUAAACAUGACACCUCUCGGCAUAGCUUGUAAGCAGGGUAAUUUCGAUUUAGUUGAGUUACUAGUAAACUUUGGAGCGAGUGUUGAUCUUCGUUCCGGUGGUGCGACUCCGUUAUGUUGGGCGGUCACUAGGAGAAAUUUCAAAAUCGCUAAGUAUUUAAUUGAUCACGGAGUUGGAGAUAUUGAUGCUGGUCGGCGGGGUACUACUCCAUUGUACUUAGCAAUUGAAAAUUACGACGUAAAAAUAGUUAAACUCUUACUUGAACACCGAGCUACAGCUAAUAAAGUGAUUAAAAAUGGUACAACAGCUCUUGGAUUGGCUAUCAAGACUCGUAAUUUGAAUUUAGUUGAAUUAAUAUUACAUGCUGCGGGUACAGAUAUAAAUGCUCUGUGUUACGAGAAUCGAACGCCAUUAGAAAUUGCAGUGCAACAAAAAAAUAUAAUGUUAAUGAAGUUAUUGAUAAAUUAUCACGCUAAUAUUAAUUUUACAACUAAAGAAAAGCUGAAAUUUAUUUUUCAUGUUUUACACGCAGGGAGUCUCGAAAUGCUGAAGCUAAUAUUAUCUGAAAAUGUUGACGUUAAUUGCAGUGAUUAUGAUAAUGAAACACUCUUAUUUGCUGCUAUUAGACAAAGAUCAUUUGAAAAAACUGAAUUUAUACUCAUGAGAGAAGAUUUUGUCAAUAUUAAUGAUGUCUCCCAGGGCGAGUCUGCGCUUCAUGAGGCUGGUAAAUUCGAAGAGGAAAAUCCAUUGAUAUUGAAUCUUUUAUUAAAUGCUGGAGUUGAUGUUAAUCUUGUAAAUAAAUCCAAUCAGACGGCUGUAAAUACAACAAAUUUUGAGAGAAACAAACAAAUUAUCAGAGAGCACAUGGUAAAAUUGAAGGCAGCUGGUUGGUCUUUAACUAAUCAAAAUUUAAAGGCAAUCAUCGAAAAAGGAUUGGACGAUUUUUUUAUUGAUUGUUUGAAAGAAAUAGAACUGAUGAAAAAAUUAAAAAUCAAUCAGACUAUCAUGAGUUACUACGAUGUUAUGCGUAUUAAUCACCAUGAAAUCGCGGUUAAAUUAAAUAAUUUUGACAAUAAAACUUUAAACGAAAAAGAGUUGCAGUUACUAUUCCCUUUGUAUGGUCGGAUAAUUUACUAUCGUUUAUUUAAAAGCUUACAGAGAAAUAAAUUGCUAAGUAUAAGCACUCAUGUAUUUGUUACAUUACUUGCUGGUCAUCUGCCGUUUGAUAUUAUGAGAGCAAUUAAUCCUUAUUUAAACAAUAGAGAUCUUAAAAUAUUAUCUCAGCGCUAAAAAGUAUUUUUUUUUUCGUUUUUUUCCUUAAUU